AUGGGCAGCCACCCAUGCCUCCAUCCCGACGCCAGCAAGACUUCUCUUACAACCCUGGCCCCCCCCAACAUGCGCACACCGCAGUACUUGGGGUACCCGCCCCAUAUGAAUGGCCACAUGCCUCAACCUUAUUCACCGCAGCAAUAUCCUUACUGGUAUCCGCCUUAUGGACAUAUGCAGGCUCCUCCACGUCCAUACCAGCCGAAUUAUGCGCCGAUGAUUGUGUCUUCUUAUCCUCACUCGCAGCCUGUCAUGGCACCCACACAUAUUCCUCAAUCAUUGCCCAUGCAUCAAAGGACCCCUACCCCUCUGCAGCCGAUCAUGUCGCCAUCAACUAUGCACCCUCCAAUCCAACAGAUGCAGCAUGAAAUGCAGGAAUAUCCUAUGGCUCCGCCACAGCCAAUUCAAGGAUAUCCCCUCUCAUCUCCGCCCACUCAAGGAUAUCCCAUCUCUUCCCCACCGCCUCAAGGAUAUCCUAUCUCUUCUCCACCGCCCCAAGGAUAUCCCAUUUCGUCUCCACCGCCCCAAGGCUAUCCUAUCUCGUCCCCGCCGCCGCAAUGGGAGCCGACAGCCUACCUGCCACCGAAGCCUGCUUACAACCCACCACUUCCUUGGCUCUCUGUUCCUGAGCAGCCUUUCCCAAAAAAGACCCCCCGCAGACGUCGCAAGGGCCGUGUGAUGCAGUCAUCAGUUGAGCUGCCUGUCAAAGACACACCGAAGGCCGUCGGAAGUGACGGAACUGAAGAGGCCCAGCCAUCGUCUUUGCAAAACUCUUCGGAGCCUCAGACGCCAACAACCAACUUUCAACAGUCUGACGCAGACUCCACUCAGCCUACUACUCCUUCGUCAAUCGCCAAGUCACAGGCGCAGCCGAAAAGCUCAAAGCUUGCUCCAGUUGUCCCAGUAGUGCCCAAUAUCCCGGUCACCCCACGCCGCCAGGCCAAGGAUGACAGUGUCGCAUCUGGAACGCCCAAGUCCACUGCCUCUGCUACCCCUGUUCCAGUGGUUGAAUCGGAUAAGGCUGCUUCUACUGAAGCCGAAGUAAGGUCGCCCGCGCCCGCCGCUCCCAAGUCUUGGGCCGACCUAGUCCGCUCCAAGGCAUCGGCGAAAGCGGCGAGUGCCGCUGCUGCCGCGGCUUUGGCCGAGCCGAACGGAUUGUCUACACAGAAGAACGAAUCCCUUGCACAUGUCCUGAGCAGCUUAGGAGAAGACGUGACACAAUACAGUGACAGGAUCGCAUUCCUUGAACCCAGAGGCCUGGUCAACACUGGAAACAUGUGCUACAUGAAUUCCGUGUUGCAGAUUCUUGUCUCGUGCACCCCCUUCUACCAGUUCCUCGAUCACCUUGGCCGACGUGCUGCACACACAUUCAACAGUGACCUUCCUUUGAUUGAUGCAAUGAUCAUGUUCAUGAGGGAGUUCCGUGUUAUUGACGCGGCCACUUCGGAAGAGCAACUUCGUCUCAGGCUAAAACCCAAUGAGCUAGAGCAAUAUGGCGAGGCUUUCGUACCUGACUUUGUUUAUGACAUGGUUCGACAGCUGCCGCGAUUCAGAGAUAUGCGACGUGGACAUCAGCAGGAUGCUCAAGAGUUCUUGGGAUUCCUUCUCGAGGAGAUGCACGAGGAGUGCGCUCGCGCUGAAAAGCACACCGCUGCAAAGGAAGACAGUAAAGACAGUGAUGUCAAUGGCUGGCUAGAGGUCGGCCACAAGCAAAAGGCAGCAGUCACUCAACUGUCUGGCUCUCUUGCUGCUGAGUCGCCUGUCACCCGAAUCUUCGGGGGCAAGCUUCGAUCGGAAUUCAAGGUUCCUGGCAACAAAACUUCCGUCACGUUGGAGCCUUACCAGCCUUUGCAACUCGACAUCGGCUCGCACGAUGUCAACAACAUUAUUGACGCCCUCAAAGGAUUAACGAAGCCCGAAAGCAUUCAGGGCGAUUUCAACUCGUCACGCGGUCCCAAUGUCACUGCGACCAAACAAAUUUUCAUUGAGACCCUGCCCCCUGUUCUUAUCCUCCAUCUCAAGCGCUUCCAGUAUGACAGUGCCACGGGAGCCACUCAGAAGAUCUGGAAGAAGGUUGGGUAUCCCUUGGACUUGGAGCUUCCGCGUGAGGUCUUCCCGGCCCAUCAGCGCAACGCCAUGGCGACCCAAGGAGGCCCUCCCAAAUAUCGUCUUAUGGGUGUCAUCUACCACCACGGCAAGAAUGCUAGCGGCGGUCACUACACGGUCGAUGUCCGGCGCCAAGAGGGCAAGGAGUGGAUUCGCCUGGAUGAUACUGUUAUUCGACGCAUCCGCAGCGAGGAUGUGGCUGAAGCUGGUGGCGAGGAAGAUCCUAAGGUCAUCGCUGCCGUUCUCGAACAGCACAAAAACAGCAAGAUGCCUAACGGCAACAUUUACGACCACAUCGACCAAGACGAUAUGGACUCGACUGACAGUGACAAGGGUUGGAGCCAAGUCAACGGCGCCAACGGUCAUUCGCGCAGAAAAUCCAUGACUCCGAAAUCUGCCACUCCGUCUCCUAACCAUUCUGGGACCCGAACUCCCCUUGGUCGCUACGGCUCCCGCGACAGCAAAGUCGCCUAUCUAUUGUUCUAUCAGCGCAUGGAUUAA